AUGGCUGCUGGCAGUCGGCCAGUGCUUGUGCUGGGUGCAACUGGUGGAAUCGGCCUCCAUUUGGUGAAGCAGCUGCUCGCAAAGGGCACACCUGUGCGGGCGGUCCUUCGCUCACCAGACAAACUUCCAGAUGAGACAAAGCAGGAUGCAAAUAUCUCCCUUGUUCAAAUUCCUGGUGUGACGGACCUUACCGACGAGGACCUGGACACCCAUGUCCGCGGCUGCGCUGCUGUUGUGUCCUGCCUAGGUCAUGUAGGCGUCUAUGACGAGCCAAGGGACCUAGUGCUCCAAACCACCAGGCGUGUUUGCCAGGCACUUGGUAGGACUCAUGAUGAUGAGAGCCAGAAAUCCAAGUUUGUGCUUCUGAACACUGUCUUAGUGACCAACCCAAAUGAUCCCAACGACUCAGCGCAGCAUGGUUGGGCUUCCCGGAUGCUUGUAAGCGCUUUGCACUGGGCCUUGCCUCCCAUGGUCGACAAUACCAAGACUGCUCACUAUCUCAUAGAGGACAUCGGUCAGGAGCAUCCCAAAAUUGAGUACUGCAUCGUGCGGCCAGACAGCCUGUCAGACACUCAUCCUGUUUCAGAUUAUUUGGUGCACGAGACCUUGCAGAACGGCGUCUUCUCGCCUAUCGGGACGUCCAAAGCCAACGUUGCUAACCUCAUGAUGCGGCUGGUCCUUGAGCAACCUUUGUGGGAGAUGUGGCGUUGCAAGAUGCCAGUUGUUGUGGACAAAAAAGGUUGA